AUGCUUCAGAGGUAUGCAUCUGUUGCAUAUUACUAUGAAGUAUUUUUCAACAUGAUUAACCUUAUUAUGAGUUUUAUCAAUUUGAUUGGAAUACUAGAAGAUUACAACUUACAUCCAAGGGAAAGGAUUUGGGCACUUGCAGUCUUAAAACAUCUUCAAGGCUAUCUACCAAAUGGUGACUUGAUUCCCAUAUGUAUUGAUAUGUCUGAGGGGCCCAUAUGUCAUGCUGCCCUGCAGCUUUAUCUUACCAAGGGAUUAAAUCUUCUAAGUGCUACCAUAGCAGAAGCCGUUAUCAGAUUGAAAUUCAUUGACUGGCUCAUGUUCCAAUUUAACAACUAUGAAGCCACCAAAUCAUCUAAAUUUAUGGUUGAAAUCUAUGAUGAUUUUUUACAGGAGGGCUGCCCAAUGCAGGCUGGAACUUUUCAGAGCUUCUUGUUACGGUGUGCAGCACAUGUAGGGCACAAGCAUGUGGUAGAUGUAGAGAAGGGACUGGCAUAUAUGAUACUUCAUGACUAUGCAGAGAUCUACCCAACAGUUAGAGAAUUUAUGGUGGUUCAAAAAUCACAAGAUGCUUCCUUCAAGGAGAGAUGUGAAUUUGAAGACCUAUUCCAGGAUAUUAGGCUGGUGCUAAAACAAGCCACUAUUGGGCCCUUUGACAAGCUUAUCACCCCAUUCCUAAAAUCUGAAAAUAUGAAUAUAUGCAAUAUCAAAAAGGCAAUUGAUACAAUGAUCCACGCUAAAAAGGACCAUCAAAGAUGGGAUAUCUCACAAUCUGAAGAGACUGCCACUGCAGAAGCAGUGUUACUCCAGCUACUCUCACGCAUCUCAGUUUACAUUGAUGGUGCAGAAUCAUAUCUCAAUGGCAAAGUGGAGCGGAACAGUCACUCCUGUAUGCUCACUGUCAAGAUGCCUGAAUCAAAAGGAACUAGUCAACAAUGUGUUAUCUGCAUGAAGCCUAUCUAUCAUAAAAACAAUGUUGUCAAGCUGAGACAUGGUAUAAAUUCCAAGGUUCAUAAGAAAUGUCUUCAUGACAUGUCUCUGCAUAACUGUAUUUGUCACUCAAGCUUCAAAUCAUCUACAUGCCCACUUUGUACCAAGAGAUAA